AUGAGUAUCGAGGUAUACAGUGAAUGUCGCAUUAAAUUCACUCCAGCAAAUGGCCCAGACAAAGGCCAUAAUCAUUUUGAUCGGUGUCUCGUCGAAUUGCGUCAAUACGACAUGGGUGAUUAUGCAUUGAAAGUGAUCGAUUUGAAAAAUCGGAAAUCAGAAAUUUUUCAUUGUCCUCUUAUUCGCCGUGAUCAGUAUAUUUUUGCCUCAUCGGUCGAACAACCCGACUCGAUCAAUGCAAACGGUGGAACGUAUCAAUUAUGGUUAAAUGACAAGUCUCGUGGUAGAUUUCAUGAAAUACUACAAAUAUGUCUCAACGAGUUUAUAACUUUGAAAGAUAAGGAUGCUUGUCCUGCGUUAUCAAGACUUGAUCAACAAAAGUCGAAAGCAGUUUUAGAUGAACUAAGCAACCAAGUAAAUAAACCCUACUAUCAGAAUAUCGAUGAAUUUGAAUGUAUUACUUGUUAUGAAAAAAUUGCUCAAGGUGAAGGCAUGUCAUUUCGCGGUUGUCUUCAUCCGUUAUGCAAACAAUGUCUAUUGAAAAUAAUCGAAACUAGUACAGAACCAUUACUCAAAUGUCCACAUGACGAUUGUACGAUGUUGAUCGAUGAAAGAGAACUUCGAGGUGUACGAGUUGUACAAAAUCAGUAA